AUGCUCGCUUGUCUACCAACAACUCAACAACUCGCCAAGUUGCAGAACCCGGCCCAGCCCAGCCCGGACCAGAGGAGAGCAGAGCAGCCCGCGGCCACACUCUCUGCGCCCUCUGCUGACUUUCUGAGUGUAGUGACUCGGAACGCGGUGGCGACUUUUGUGCGGAAGGCAAAGCGUACGGCAGAGGCGUGCGCUGCCCGUGCCUUGCGCUCGGCGUCUCUGGCUACGGGCAGCAGCCUCGGCUGGUUUCCCGCGGCAGCUCGUUACGGCCACGCGAGCACAGGUGCGGCGGCCGCGCCAUCUUUCACGGUUAAAUUUAUCUGGCCGGCGGCUGCCGACAAAGGACUUUGGGGCUUCGUGCGGCACGCGAGCGCCGCGGCGAUGAAGAGGCAGCGGCCGGAGCGCCCGGCAGCCCGGCAACCCACACUGACCGCCGCCGCGUGCACCCAGCCCGUGUACGCAGCCCGUGACAGCGGCCGGCCACGUGACGAGGGAGGCAUGCAGGCAGAAGGAGCACAGAGCGCAGGACGCCAGGGCGGCCCCGUGGGAGGCGGCAGCUGCCGCCGCUCCUCACACACGCCUCAUCUGGCCGCGAAGCAGGGGCGGCGGAAAGGGGCCAGGGCGCCUCCGCUGGCUGCUCAGCCGACGCGCGGGCACCCCCGCCGCUGCCGCGUUAUACCACGGCUGCACCCCGCUCCCCCCAACCCCUCCACACUCGCACUUACACGUCCCGUGGUCGAGGAGAGCGACGGCCGGCGGCAGCGCUGGGUGGAGGAGGAGGAGGAGGAGGAGGAGGAGGGGGAGGGGACCCCCACUCUGACAGCGGGGCUCGGCGGCUGCGGCGUCUGCAGAGCGGGCGGCGCAGCCGGGCGAGACGACGCUGUUGUUGUAGCGCCGGCAGCCGUGCUCGCCAGCUUAGAGCGGCGCGUCCAAAUUAAGCAGGCACACAGCGGACGACGUCCGGCGGGGCGGGCCGGGGAGAAGCGCCGACGCCAAGAUUACUCCGCCGCCGCCUUUGUGCGCCGCGCGGGGAAGCCCCUACCCAGAUCCAUAAAUCCAGGGGGCGGUGCGGCGCGGCGCGUGCGCACCAGACCUGCCCCCUGCACCCCUGCCCCCCAGCGGGCCGGCUUCCCACAGUCAGGACGUGCGUCCGCCGCUGUUAUUCCUCCGCGGGCUGAAGAAUGGACCGGUAAUGCCACCCCUGAGCCUCCACUCUGCUGCCUUAUCCUCGACCGACAAUGGCCGCUGUCCGCAGCGGCUGCCCGCCAGCGUACAUCUGAAUCACAGAUGAAAAGAAAACGAGGAGGACAAAAGUACGCGCUCGUGCGUCUGAAUGACAGCUGGAGAGAAACAUGA